UGAGUGAAAGGGGGAGAAUAAAGGGCUAAAUUAUCGAAGAUCAUCAUCAACCCUCGCACGAUAUCUGAAACGUUUCGUUAAUUUCGUAUUCUUGAUCUUGAUCUGAUUCUUCUUCACCGAUUCCAGUUUCUACUGAUCAAACAAUCACUUGUCAAAUCCAUACAUAUAUCAAUCUAUCUAUCUAGAUAUAGAUAGAUAGAUAUAUAGAUAAGGAUUUAGAAGAUGGUUCUUUCGCAGAAGCUUCACGAAGCAUUCAAGGGGACGGUAGAGAGGAUUACAAGCCAUCGCACUGUCUCCGCUUUCAAGGAGAAAGGCGUUCUUAGUGUCCAAGAAUUCAUCCUCGCCGGCGACAAUCUCGUUUCCAAAUGCCCCACUUGGUCAUGGGAAUCUGGCGAGCAAAGCAAGAGGAAGUCAUAUUUACCAGCAGAAAAGCAAUUCUUGAUCACAAGAAAUGUGCCUUGUCUACGUAGAGCUGCUUCUGUAGAAGAAGACUAUGAAGCUUCUGGUGGGGAAGUUCUUCUAGAUGAUGAGGACAAUGAUGGUUGGCUGGCUACUCAUGGAAAGCCAAAAGAAAACAAAUCUGAUGAAGAAGAAAACCUUCCGUCCAUGGAGAGCUUGGAUAUCAACAAGAAAAGUACCAUUCAAUCUAUUCCCUCGUACUUUGGUGGGGAUGACGAUGAUGACAUACCAGACAUGGCUGAAUAUGAAGAUCAAGACAACGUGAUUGAAAAUGAUCCUGCAACCCUGCAAUCUACUUAUCUUGUGGCUCAUGAACCUGAUGAUGACAAUAUUCUUAAAACCCGCACAUAUGAUGUUAGCAUCACGUAUGACAAAUAUUAUCAGACUCCUCGUGUGUGGCUUACUGGUUAUGAUGAGUCAAGGAUGUUGUUGCAGCCGGAGCUUGUCCUUGAAGAUGUUAGUCAGGAUCAUGCCCGUAAAACUGUAACCAUUGAAGACCACCCACACCUGCCUGGAAAACAUGCAUCUGUGCAUCCAUGCCGGCAUGGAGCUGUUAUGAAAAAAAUUAUUGAUGUUCUCCUUUCACGCGGUGUCGAACCCGAAGUUGACAAGUAUCUGUUCUUAUUCUUGAAGUUUAUAGCUUCUGUGAUUCCAACAAUUGAAUAUGAUUAUACAAUGGACUUUGAUCUUGGCAGCAGUUCCAACUCGUGACUUAAGAAGGGAUUGGAGGUGAAACUAUGAUGUAAAGACAGGAAAGAAAUUUGUUUGUGUGUUUGUUUGUUAGUGAUUGAUCAUCUACUUCUCUAUCUUCUGUGCUUCUGGAUUGUAUAUUUCAUAGUCUGUCUCUGUCAAAUGAACAUAAAACAUUAGUACCACUCAAAUUAAGUUGGUGAAAUCAGACAAGGGUGAUCAAAGUUACUUUGCUUCAGUUGGAAUGGAAGGUUUCAUUAUAUGAUGAUUCUGACCAUUUUUAUCACAUAGUUUAUAAAGUUUAUGCCUUU